CGACAAGUUCUUGCCACCUACAAAACUCGAUUCGCUCACAAUGACGGACUUUCUCUCCGCCCUGCCAGCGCCACUACCGCUGUAUGUUCUUCUGGAAUUGCCAGACCUCAAGGCUUUGUAUGCUGCCGUCCUGGCGUCGCCCCGUCUUCAAUCUCAACGCGCAACUGAUCUUCAGGACGAUAAUCUUCCGGAGUCUGCCAGAUGAACUUGCCUCUCCAGUGCUAAUUUACAUGUCAUUGCGGGAGCGGCUUGCGACACGAAACCACUCCGAUAAUCUCACGCCGGAGAUACUUCAGGCGAUGAUCGAUGACUUUGUAGUUGCCGGGAAGACGACACCAUGGCCCAACGUGUCUACUUGGACAAUCUUCCAUACAAUCGCGCAGGCAGUUCGGAUUCACGAUAUUGCAUUCUCAAUUCUUCGCUCCAAGCUCGACUAUUUCAGUACAUUGCAAUUCGAAAAGCUGGCCGAUCCUCCUCGAUAUCGUUGUUACACGCCUUACGAUACGACUCUCCAAAAUCCAGAGAGAGUCCCUUAUGAUGUACAUAUACCUCUGAGCAAUCCAAGCUGGACCGAGGAGACUCGUGCUAUACGUGUGCUGUGGUUGAUGGCUGCUGGGUGGCAAGCGUCUCUUCGUUCGUCGUGUUGUGACACUGAUACUGUGUCGGGCCUGAUCUGGUCUCAGAAACUGAUUCUCGGCCUGGAGCAUCCAUCUCAACUAGAUUCGGCCGUUGAAUUAUCGUACAGUAUACGUCUAGGCCCUGUAUUGCGGCCACCUGAGGAGUCACAAAAGGUUGUGGCCCACACCUUCGACCUCCUACAACCAUACCGAAUCGAUUGUCAUCUGCAUGGCCCGAACGUCCGAAAGUCCGAGUCUCUUUCUCUGCCAAUAUCUCCACAGUUCUCUUGGACUCCGACAAUUGCGCCCUUUGACAGAUCCGGCCACCGCAAGAGACUGUCGACUUUCGAGAUGCUAAGACUGAACUCUUCCCUUGCCCGCAUUCGGAUCAAGACCGAUAGAAGGCCCGAUGGUCGUCUGUUUGGCACGAACGCACGGAUAUUCGAGAACUUUGGAUUUGGCUUCUGGUAUGAGGAGCGCCUCAUCGACGAGUUGUGGUUGAACUGCCGCGGUUAUCGUGUGGGGGACCCGCAACCGAAGAUAGACUGGAACAAUUUACCUCACAACUACUGUACUGCGAGUGACGAGCACUUCCGGCCUCUCAAACUCUACCAACAACAAGUGGAGCGGGAGCAGCAGGGGUGGCAUCGUUGAAGUGAGCCGACAACCAGAGACAUGUGUACAUACGACGUGAUGAUCACUUCUACUACUAACAACAAGAGCCAUCGAACAUCUCAAAAGCAAGGGGACAGAACUCGGAA